GAGGAAGCCUCGUUCAAUAUCGCAGCAGCAACCGCUCAGUCAACGACAACGACGAUCGAGUUCUUUCACACGGAUUCCCGUCGUCGCCCACGACCCUUGUCCCCAACGCCUUUUUUCAACAUCUCCAACCUCGAAAAGAAAGAAAUCGACGGCGAGCUAAUCUUUUACUCCUCUAGAGUCCGACAACAUGGGUAUCUCACGCGACUCUCGGCACAAGCGCUCCCACACGGGCGCCAAGCGCGCUUAUUACCGGAAGAAGAGAGCCUUCGAGGCAGGGCGCCAGCCUGCAAACACCCGCAUCGGCGGUAAGCGUAUCCACGUUGUGCGCACCCGCGGCGGUAACCACAAGUACCGUGCCCUGCGUCUCGACUCCGGCAAUUUCGCCUGGGCCUCCGAGGGCUGCACGCGCAAGACCCGUGUCAUCGUGGUCGCAUACCACCCUUCCAACAACGAGCUUGUCCGCACCAACACCCUUACCAAGUCCGCCGUUGUUCAGAUCGAUGCCGCUCCCUUUAGGCAGUGGUAUGAGGCCCAUUAUGGCCAGGCUCUCGGUCGCCGUCGCCAGGUUAAGCAGGGACAGACCACCGAGGAGGUAAAGAAGAGCAAGAGCGUUGAGAAGAAGCAGGCUGCCCGCUUUGCCGCCACUGGCAAGGUUGAGGGUGCUCUCGAGAAGCAGUUUGAGGCCGGUCGUCUGUACGCCGUCAUCUCCAGCCGUCCCGGUCAGUCUGGCCGUUGCGACGGAUACAUCCUGGAGGGCGAGGAGCUGGCUUUCUACCAGCGCAAGCUCCACCACAAGUAG